AUGCUCAUAAAUCUCCCCUCGGAAGAAAAAGGGGUAACAGAAAAACCAGCUCUAACUGACAAACAAACAAAGCCUGACAAAGAUUUGAUGGCUCCUCUCGGUGACCUUAAAGAAACUUUAGACGAACCAAAGCAACCCGUAGUAUCCGAUAAAAAAGAAGAUAAAGCAGUAACAGAUACACCUUCUGUAAUUGAGAAACCAUUAAAGUCUGUCAUACACAGUCCAGACAAAGAUUUAACCAUUUCUCCUGAAAAGGUGCACCCUAUAGAAUUAGACGAUCAUAUAUCUCCUUUCGACGACCUUAAAGAAGGGUCUGACAAGCCACAUAAACCUCCUGACAAAGAUUUGAUGGCUCCUCUCGAUGACCUUAAAGAAACUUUAGACGAACCAAAGCAACCCGUAGUAUCCGAUAAAAAAGAAGAUAAAGCAGUAAUAGAUGCACCUUCUGUAAUUGAGAAACCACUAAAGUCUGUCAUACACAGUCCAGAAAAAGAUUUAACCAUGUCUCCUGAAAAGGUGCACCCUAUAGAACUAGAUGCUCAUAAAUCUCCCCUCGGUGACGUUAAAGAAGAGUCAGACAAGCCACAUAAACCUGUAAUUCCUGAUAAAAAGGAAGAAAAAGGGGUAACAGAAAAACCAGCUCUAACUGACAAACAAACAAAGCCUGACAAAGAUUUGAUGGCUCCUCUCGGUGACCUUAAAGAAACUUUAGACGAACCAAAGCAACCCGUAGUAUCCGAUAAAAAAGAAGAUAAAGCAGUAACAGAUACACCUUCUGUAAUUGAGAAACCAUUAAAGUCUGUCAUACACAGUCCAGACAAAGAUUUAACCAUGUCUCCUGAAAAGGUGCACCCUAUAGAAUUAGACGAUCAUAUAUCUCCUUUCGACGACCUUAAAGAAGGGUCUGACAAGCCACAUAAACCUGUAAUUCCUGAUAAAAAGGAAGAAAAAGGCGUAACAGAAAAACCAGCUCCAACUGAGAAACAAACAAAGCCUGCCAAAGAUUUGAUGGCACCUCUUGAUGACCUUAAAGAAACUUUAGACGAACCAAAGCAACCCGUAGUAUCCGAUAAAAAAGAAGAUAAAGCAGUAAUAGAUGCACCUUCUGUAAUUGAGAAACCAUUAAAGUUUGUCAUACACAGUCCAGACAAAGAUUUAACCAUGUCUCCUGAAAAGGUGCACCCAAUAGAAUUAGAUGAUCAUAAAUCUCCCCUCGGUGACGUUAAAGAAGAGUUAGACAAGCCACAUAAACCUGUAAUUCCUGAUAAAAAGGAAGAAAAAGGGGUAACAGAAAAACCAACUCUAACUGACAAACAAACAAAGCCUGACAAAGAUUUGAUGGCUCCUCUCGAUGACCUUGAAGAAACUUUAGACGAACCAAAGCAACCCGUAGUAUCCGAUAAAAAAGAAGAUAAAGCAGUAAUAGAUACACCUUCUGUAAUUGAGAAACCAUUAAAGUCUGUCAUACACAGUCCAGACAAAGCUUUAACCAUGUCUCCUGAAAAGGUGCACCCUAUAGAAUUAGAUGAUCAUAAAUCUGCCCUCGUUGACGUUAAAAAAGAGUCAGACAAGCCACAUAAACCUGUAAUUCCUGAUAAAAAGGAAGAAAAAGGGGUAACAGAAAAACCAACUCUAACUGACAAACAAACAAAGCCUGACAAAGAUUUGAUGGCUCCUCUCGAUGACCUUAAAGAAACUUUAGACGAACCAAAGCAACCCGUAGUAUCCGAUAAAAAAGAAGAUAAAGCAGUAAUAGAUACACCUUCUGUAAUUGAGAAACCAUUAAAGUCUGUCAUACACAGUCCAGACAAAGAUUUAACCAUGUCUCCAGAAAAGGUGCACCCUAUAGAAUUAGAUGAUCAUAUAUCUCCUUUCGACGACCUUAAAGAAGGGUCAGACAAGCCACAUAAACCUGUAAUUCCUGAUAAAAAGGAAGAAAUAGGGGUAACAGAAAAACCAGCUCUAACUGACAAACAAACAAAGCCUGACAAAGAUUUGAUGGCUCCUCUCGAUGACCUUAAAGAAACUUUAGACGAACCAAAGCAACCCGUAGUAUCCGAUAAAAAAGAAGAUAAAGCAGUAAUAGAUACACCUUCUGUAAUUGAGAAACCAUUAAAGUGCAUCCUAUAG